AUACAGCUUCAAAUGUAUUGCUUGCAUUCAGCAAUAGAAAGCUAUGACGUUUAUGAUGAUCAUUCCAAAUGUCAACAGAUCAUCAUUCCCAUUACAUCUGUUUUCAGUCUGAGGGCUGACUCAAAUGACAGACAUUUGAUACAUUACGCCAUUUUGUAUAUCCUCGCAUUCAAUCAAGAUGGAAUUGCGCAUUAUCGACCAAAAUUUCAACCAUUUAUUAAAAAUUGCGAACCAACUAGAGCUACCAGUGCGAAUUGUAUUUGCAAUAAGUGAUAACAAUAUACCAGCGGAAAAGUUUUUCUGCAUGACGGCACAAGAAUGGUCCGACCUCCUACAAGGAGUUGAUGGUGAAUUCAUUUGCAGUCGUAUUGCUGAUUGGAAAAAUAAUUCGGGAUUGUCUUCGCCAUUCAUUCCGCAAAUGGACAAAUGCAGCUUUUUGGUGUAUGAUGACCAACAAUCUCCAGACGAUUUGCAUAGCACCGGUCGAGCUGGUUCGACUAAAGACCAACCAACAGAUCUUCCGAAGGAUGCAAGUACAAAUUUUGUUGACCCUGAGUCGGAUUUGGUAAUAAAAAAUAAUAUUAAUUUGUUGAUACUAGAUCUAGUAUCAUACCCCAAGUACCGAUCACUGGUGUGCGCGACUGCAAAUAUAUCAUAAAUAAUAACUGUUAUACUUUUCUUCCUCAGAAUGAACAGUCAUUGCACUGCCAGGAAGACUCUUUGGAAGAAUCAGCUAAUGUCUUGGGAAAUGCUCGGAGAACCGUUUUUCGAGAUCUGAGCAAUACAGAUUUACCAAAACAACGCACUCCACAACGAACUUCAACAUCUAUGGAUUUGAUUAACACAGAGAAUAAUGCAUCUUCCGAUUUCGGUGAAUCAUCAUCGUCAUCAUCAGAUACCGCUGAGUCGUCUGGACAGGUAAUCUCUUUCGUUACGGUAUAUUUUAUAUGUUAGAAGAAUGCUACGAAAAUAAUAUCUCCCUCAUAAACAUUAUGUCGCUUUUCAUUGAAAUACAUUGGA